AUGGGCGUCAAAUACGCUAAGCGCGAAAUGAACCUCUUUUUGAAAGAGCUCGCUCUGCCCUCUAAAAACGAGAUCCAAAAUGGUAUCUUUCUGAUCAACUUGUUGAUUAUUGCAGGCGAAGUGGUGGCUGUUGCGGUCGAAACUGCGGUUGUUGCACCAAACGCUUGCCAUCAAACCAUGUAUCAAGGACAGGUACAAGUGUCAGUGGGCAUUGCUCUUGGGGAUGUCGUUGCUGCAUGA